AUGACGAAUAGUUUUAGAAGAAUUAUAACUCAGGUCUUUGUCUGGGGGUCCAAUGAUAGUGAGCAACAUGGUGAUAAGUCCGAUGUAUACGAGCGAGUCCUUCCCUUUCCUCUUUCUUAUUUUGAUGAUAAGAAAAUUGUAAGGGUUAUCUGUGGUGGGAUGCAUUCCUUUGCCAUCUCAGCCGAGGGUCAAUUAUACUCUUGGGGUUGUAAUGAUGAAGGUGUUUUAGGCCGAGGAGGUUCAAACGAUUCCGAACCAGCCCAAGUUAUCUUUAAGGAAAAGAACGUUGCAGUAACUCAUGUAGCAGCUGGUGAUUCUAUUUCAGCUGCUAUAGAUAAGGCCGGUCGUUUAUGGACUUGGGGAGUCUUUCGUGGGGAUAAUGGUAAGAUAGGUCAUUCAGUUACAGCUGAAGAUAAGAUUGUUGAUAUUCAAUGGACACCUUUACUAGUAGAAGGUCAUCGUUUUAAGGAAGUUUAUGCCGGGUGUAAUCACUUACUAGCUAUUGACUUAGAUGAAAAUCUUUGGGCUUGGGGUGAUUCAGCUGGAGGUAAAUUAGGGUAUAAAACUACUCGGAAUACUAAGAAGAAUGCUUUAAAACCAAGAAUUACUCUCAGGAAUAUUCAAGGGGCCGGAGCAGGUGCUCAUCAUUCUUUAGCCUUUCAAGUAGAUAGAAUGAUUAACCGGAAUAGAAGGGGGAGAAGAAUUAGUCCUUCUCGUCGGGUAGAAGUAGAUUUUUAUGACUCAGAAGGUAAUAGAUACUAUGUAACUGACCGAAUUACAGCUACUAAGGCUUAUGAUCAGGUUUUAUUAUGUUGUCCAGAUAAUGAUAUUGUUCCUAUUGUUCCUAUUAAGACUUGUCGGGAGAGAGUAGUUUGUACCAGGAAAGUAGUACCUUAUGCUUAUCCUGGGGAGACUCAAGUGCAUAGUGAGGCUGAGUUGGUUGUUUCAGAGACACCGACUGGUCGAGGUCUUCUAACUGGGGCUAAGAAGUUCAAGUACGAGUCUAAAGAGGCCCGGAAGGAGAGAGAAGCUCAACCCCUGCAGCAAAGACAGCAAACUUUAGCAGAAAGAAGAGCCCGGAAUAGAAGAGCACGUCAGGAGAGAAGAGCCCGAGGAGAACCAAGGUAUCCGACUAGGUACCUUUCCCACUUAGUUAACUUAGCCCGAGAACCAGACGAGUCUUCUGAAGAGUAUCGCUUAUUCACUGCUGGGAACAAUAACUACAGCCAGUUAACAGCUGAAGAGUAUGCAGCUGCUGCCGCACGAGGUGGUUGGGCCUUCCGCAGUCAUGUGCCCAUCCGUCGAGAUGAUGAGAGCAGCAAUGAGGAGGGUGUUGGUGUUGGUCAAUCUGCUACUGCUACUGAUAAUGCUACUACUACUACUGCUACUGAUAACCAAACUCAAUCUACUACUGAUAACUCUACUCAAUCUGCUACUGCUACUACUGAUAACUCCACUCAACCUAAUACUACUACUACUGAUAACUCCACUCAAUCUACUCAACCUAAUACUGAUAACUCCACUCAAACUCAACCUCAACUUAAUUCUAUGUUACCCGAUUCAGUAAGGAAGGUAAUGGGAGGCACGCAUAGUUCACACUUACUAGACCAGGAAGGUACACUUUGGGCUGUAGGUCGGAAUGACUCGGGUCAGUUGGGUGUAGGAGACUUUAAAGAUCGUUCUGAAUUUACGCGGUGUCAAAUUCCUGAUAAGGUUACUGACUUUUCUAUUACGGCUAAUCAUGGUUUAGCUUUAUCUAAGGGUGAGUUGUAUAGUUGGGGAUUUGGUGAGUGUGGCCAAUUAGGUCGGGAAGUAGAUAAGGAUCAUACUCCGAGUAAAGUUGAAUUUCCUGUGGCUGGUCCUAUUAUUAGUGCUUCAGCUGGUGGUCAACAUUCAGUAGCUGUAGCUGCUAUUGAUGUAACUACUCUUAAGGAUGUAUUAGAUGAAUCUUGUUUAUUUACUGUACCUGUAGCUGAUAAUGUUUACUUUUCACGAGUCUUUCCGGCUGAUGAUUGGCGUAUCUUUUAUGAAGAUAUUAUGAAGUUUAAAGAUAGGAUUGAUAAGCGAGAACCUAUUCAACGGGAGAAAGGCUUUCCUAAAGGAGGUAAGGUAAAAGAGACUUUAAUGCAGUAUGCUUAUGCUUUAUAUAAUAUCUAUGAAGAGGAGAAGGUCUUACAUCCGGAAGAGUAUGAGUGGUUGAAUGAACUUGAAGAUGCUUUUUUAGAGAAAGAUCCGAUGCCACAAGAAUUAGGAGUAGGUUGUAGUCGUGAUUAUCUUACUUGGUUAUCUAGACGGAUUGAUUUCUUUAAGGGUAGAGGGUUGUUACAUGAAGCUUUGAUUAUGGAUGAUGAGAUGACUUAUCGUAUUUACUGGGAUCCUGAUACACAUAAAGAUGUUUGGCAGAAUGGUGGGGCUGAUAAGCUUAAUAGAGUUUGGGAGGCUUUUACUGAGCAGAAUCCAGAGUGUUGUACUAUGUUCCUUAACUUAAGUAAGUUGGAGCAGCAGGAAGUUUAUCGGAUGCUAGAUUAUACGCGUAGAGUAGUGACUGGGUACUUAGAUAGAAUACCUUGGGCUGAUGUAGUACCAAGAGUUGGUCGCCAGAUUAAUUAUGAUCGGAUUUCCAGUUAUACUCCUUCUCGGCCUUAUAAGUCCAAGAAAAUGCUAGCUAAAGUAGCUGCAGAGAAGGAAGCAGCUGCUCGAGCUAAUCAAAUGCCUUUACCCGAUGUAUCUUAUCUAAACAAAACUACUACUCCAACUGAUAUCACAACUAUUACUCCAACUGAUAUCACAACUACCUCACCUGAUAUCACAACUAAUAAGAUAAGUGUGACUAGUGAGAAUGAAGUGACUAGUGAGAAUGAAGUGACUAGUGAGAAUGAAGUGACUAAUGAGAAUGAAGUGAGUAAGAAGCGCAAGUGCGAAAGUGAGAGAGAUAGUGAGAGAGAUAGUCAUCCAGAGAGUCCUAAAAAAUCCAAAAGAGUAGAUAGUGCUGUUUCUUUAUCUUCAAAACCAAAAGGUAUUCUUGAGUCUUAUAAGCGUAAAUCUUCUGAUAGGGAUGAGUCUGAAUCAAAAAUCAAAAGAGAGUAUCAAUCAUCUGGAUGUGAGAGUAGUGGUAGUGUGAGUGGUAGUGAGAGUGGUAGUGAGAGUGGUAGUGAGAGGAGUGGUAGUGGGGUGGAAGAAGAAAGCUUAGAAAUGAGUACUUCUGUUUCUGCUCCUGAACCGGUUACUUGUGCUAUGAUAACUAAACCGCCUACUUUGCAUAGUUCAAGUCCUUCGGAAACGGAUUAUGAUGGUGAAAGUGAUUUGGAAGAUAGUGAGAUGAGUGAGAUGAGUGAUGGUAGUGAUAGUGAUCGGGAUUCUUUAUCUACUCAAACAGAAACUAGUUUUAGUGAAUCGUGUGGUGCUGAAAUGAGUGUAUCGGAGGAUAAUAAGCUUGCUAAAGAAGAGACUCUUAAAAAUCAAUCUGAGUUAUCUAGUUAA